GGAUGAUGCACUGUUUCACGUGGACGAUUCUUGUGGGCCUUCUGGCCAUCGCCUCAGCUGCCGGUGGAGUGCCUCAGCGGCAGAGUAGUGGCUACCAGGAGCAGGACACGGCCAGAGCUUUCUACUCGUACGGUUACAGGGAUGACAGUGCCGCCAGGGCAGAGUACUCCUCACGGGACGGCACUUCCAGGGGCUUCUAUUCCUACGUCGAUGCCAAUGGUAAGCUUCAGACUGUCCGGUACGAGGCCAAUGGCAUCGAUGGCUUUAAGGCGGAGGCCAGCAAUCAACCCCAGGCUCCUGUGGAUGAGGGAAAAGCCCCACAGCCCGUUACCGACACGGAGGAGGUGCAGCAGGCUCGCCUGGCCCAUCUGAAUGCCCUAAGGGAUGCGAGGGAUGAGGCUUUGGCCGCGAGUUUGCGCGAGGAAGCUGCUCGCAGGCAACAGGAACAGGCGAGGAACAACAAUGAGGAUCAGCAGUCCGGGGAGCAGAGUCUCAGCGACGAAGAUGCAGCCAUCUUGGAGAGAGUUAGAGCUGAGCUGGAGGCCAUGUUGGCUGAACGUCAGCGAGCGAGCAGUCUCCCCCGGAGCAGGGAAGAGGAGGAGCAACGACAGGAUCAAGAUCAAAAGCAGGAGCUCAGACAGGACCUGAGAGAGGAGCAGAGGCGUGAUCAGCGACUGGAGGAAAGGCAGCGACAGGAUCAACGGCAAAGUUUGCGGCAGGAUCAGCGUCAAAGUCAACGACAAGAUGAGAGGCAGGAUGAACGACGGGAACAAAGGCAGAGGCAGGAUCAGCGACAAGAUCAACGCCAGGAUCAGCGACAGGAACAACGCCAGGAUCAACGUCAAGAUCAACGCCAAGAUCAACGCCAAGAUCAGUCCCGUAACGAGGAAUCCCUGCGAGACUCUACCAACAGCCGGGAGAACGAUCGCCAGAUCGAUCGUCCAAGCUUGCAGAUUUCCUCCGAUCGCGACAGCGAUGAUCUCCGCCUGCGCACCAUUUACUCCCUGUCCGAUCUCAGCUCCAGCAGCUACCUGAAGCUCGGGGAUCUGGCCAGUGCCGAGAAACUGCUCGAGGAUCGCCUGGACAACACUGAUCUCCGUGUGCCAAUUGGCGCUUAUUACACCCUGGUCUCUCCCAACACCAAAUACAGCGUGACCACGCCCACCGAGCUGAGAACCCUGCGUCCUGUGGCCCUCAGUCGCAGCUUGUUGGUGAGCAAGCGCAACUGAAGGAUCCAAGGAUUGGGGGAAUUAAAUUGAGGAAAUGAAUCUAGGCCGGCUUAUGA